GGACAGUGACAGAAAUUGUAUGGAAAUGAGAAAGGUCUCAAACAAAACAAAUACAGGUCCUCAACUAAGCUGAACCGCGGAUUUAAACACCGAAUGCUCAACAGUCAGUGGAUAAUAGAGAACUGGCAAUUUUUAUGCUGAAUAUUAUCAGAAGUCCUGCUUUGUCGUUCGUCGUAAAAAGAAGAUAGCGCUACGGGACAGACUGCAUCAGCGCAGGAAGGCACCCCAGUUUUUGAACACGGCGAGUGUGAAUCGAAGACCCGCUUUUUAUGGGAUUAUGCUGUAUUUCGUUUAAAAAAACCGAUUCCGUCCCGACGGAUUGCUGUUGAACUGAAUUGAGAGUAUGCAUUCAGCGUUUCCUUAUAUUUUCGUGGAGCAGCCUGUUGUAUAGCAAUGCUCUCAGUUUAGCAUUUUGCCCAAAGUCAGAAGAUCUAGCUAAUCGAUUCCGCUGGCACUGUACUGCCCCUUAUCUCCGGCUUGCUAAACUUACUGCUGUGGAAAUACUGGUCAACAACACUGACUUACGCGAUCGUGGUCGUUUUUUUUGCGAGGAAAAUGCGGAACAACAUAGUUGAACAGAUAUUUUUCAGACCUGUCGGUGGUCACUGCUCUCAUUUAUAAUCGUUUCUUUCGGACAAUGUGGGUCACACCUCUAAAGUACUUCCCACGGCCGUAGCUCAAAUCGCAGUCUUUUGCCCACGAACGCUGUUGGCAUUUUCGUGCAGUGUUGUUGCGACUUAAGUUUCGAGGGAAAUCACCAAGGUGUCCUGCCGCUACUGUACAAAAAUGUUAGCUGCCAGCCUUUACUUAACCUAACGUUUUUGGACCUCAUAUUUAUUUUCGUUAGCAUAAAUCGCUCUCAAGCAUUUAUUUUUAAAUUUUAAUGAGCAUUUUUGUACGAUGUAUGAAAGCGUGGAUGUAGUGGGGUUGACUCCGAGCCCAAACCCUUUUCUAAUGAUGGAUUACUACAACCAGAGCAGAGGAUGCUUGAUCCAAGAGAAGGGACUCGUGCCUGGAGCACCCCGUCCCUACGGCACGUCCAUCAGGAACCAACACUGGAACAGCUCAAAUCACUCCAUAGAAACGCAGAGCACCAGUUCGGAGGAGAUCGUGCCCAGCCCCCCGUCUCCGCCCCCUCCGCCGCGAGUCUACAAGCCCUGCUUCGUGUGCCAGGACAAGUCGUCAGGGUACCACUAUGGGGUCAGCGCCUGUGAGGGCUGCAAGGGUUUCUUCCGGCGGAGUAUCCAGAAGAACAUGGUGUACACGUGUCACCGGGAGAAGAACUGCAUCAUCAACAAGGUCACCCGCAACCGCUGCCAGUACUGCCGGCUGCAGAAGUGCCUGGAAGUGGGAAUGUCCAAGGAGUCGGUGAGGAACGACCGCAAUAAGAAGAAGAAGGACGAGAAGAAGCAGGAGUGCACGGAGAGCUACGUUCUGAGCCCUGCCACGGAGGCGAUGAUCGAGCGCGUGCGGAAGGCCCACCAGGAGACCUUCCCCUCGCUCUGCCAGCUCGGCAAAUACACUACAAAUAACAGCGCGCAGCACCGAGUGUCCCUGGACGUGGACCUCUGGGACAAGUUCAGCGAGCUGUCCACCAAGUGCAUCAUCAAGACGGUGGAGUUUGCCAAGCAGCUGCCCGGCUUCACCACGCUCAGCAUCGCCGACCAGAUCACCCUGCUCAAGGCCGCGUGCCUGGACAUCCUGAUUCUGCGAAUCUGCACUCGCUACACGCCCGAUCAGGACACCAUGACCUUCUCAGAUGGCCUGACGCUCAACCGCACCCAGAUGCACAACGCGGGCUUCGGCCCGCUCACCGACCUGGUCUUCGCUUUCGCCAACCAGCUCCUGCCCCUGGAAAUGGAUGACGCGGAGACAGGCCUGCUCAGCGCCAUCUGUCUGCUGUGCGGAGAUCGGCAGGACCUGGAGCACUCAGAGAAGGUGGACACCCUGCAGGAGCCCCUGCUGGAGGCUCUGAAAAUAUAUGUGCGGAAACGGCGGCCGCACAAGCCGCACAUGUUCCCCAAGAUGCUGAUGAAGAUCACCGACCUCAGGAGCAUCAGCGCCAAGGGAGCGGAGCGCGUCAUCACCCUGAAGAUGGAGAUCCCGGGCUCCAUGCCUCCGCUCAUCCAGGAAAUGCUGGAGAACUCAGAGGGCAUGGAGAGCCAGGGCGGUGGGGCGGGGCGGUCCAGCGGACCCCCUCCAGGGAGCUGCAGCCCCAGCCUGUCGCCCAGCUCCGCCCACAGCAGCCCCGCCACGCACUCCCCGUAGGCCAGGAUCUACCUCGCACAGCGCCCCCUAGCAGCACCACUGCGUCACCGACAGGCAUCUAUCCUUUCCCUCUCCGGAGAAGACCGAGCAGGACAGGAAGUCGUUAUGAGUCGUCUUUUUGUUUUUUGUUUUUCUUCGCCCCCGAAGAACCAGUGACACUGCUGACUUCUCUGCUCCUCCCCCUCCCCAAAAGACUAUAUAAAAAACCUGGGCUUGUCCCAGUCAGGGGUGUGGAGUCUCUUUGGUGCAGCUGGGACAGUCAGUAGGGGACAAGGCCGACAGACAGACGGACACUGGACUCUGGAUGGUGUCUGUGGACCC